UUUCUUCACAGGACGCCAUUUUCUUUCGAGCAUCGUGUUCUACAAGGAUUCAGUGCUUUUACUUAGACUUUUUGUCCCUUAAAACCAUGAGUCGUGAUCGAGGAAAUCGUGUUUUUGUUGGUCGACUACCACCCCGUAUUGAAGAGAGAGAAUUAGAGCGCUUUUUCCGUGGUUUUGGGCGAAUUCGUGACAUAAAUUUGAAAACGGGUUUUGCUUUCGUGGAAUUUGAAGACGAACGAGAUGCAGAAGAUGCUGUUUAUGAAUUAAAUCACAAAGAACUUAAAGGAGAAAGAGUUACAGUAGAACAUGCUCAUCCAAGUAGAGGUGGUGGAGGAGGAGGAGGCGGUGGUGGUGGUUAUAAUAGAAGUGAAUCAAGAAGAAGUAGUUACGGGCGAUUUACCCAACCCUACAAUACCCAAUGGAAAGUCACAGUAGAGAACCUGUCUACAAGAGCAGGAUGGCAGGAUCUUAAAGACUUCAUGCGUCAGGCAGGAGACGUCACCUUCACUCAAUGCCACAAGGACAGAAUUGGUGAAGGUGCGGUUGACUUUGCCUCAGAGAGUGACAUGAGGCGUGCYAUCAAGAAACUUGAUGGAUCUGAAUUAUUGGGUAAAAGGAUUCGAAUCAUAGAGAAUACAAGAUCUGGUAGAUCAUCCAGACGAUCUAGAUCAAAAUCUAGAUCCGUUUCUCCUUUCCGCAAAAGAAACUUCGAUCGCUCCAGAUCACGCUCUCCUCGUCGCUCCCUUUCACCUCGUAGGUCUCCAUCACCAGGUGUCAGCCGUCGACGCUCACUAUCUCCUCGCCGAGAUGACUUGGGCCAGUAAAUCCAUGGCUUAACCAACACAUGUUUCAGUAUUAUGCUAGUCAUUAGGUGGAAAAUACUACCAAUAACCCGUUUCUCUUGUCUAGGGUUUAUUUUAUGGAAGUAGCACAAAAAAUCUUGGAUUCUGUUCUUAUUUCAUCAUUCAACUUUAAGAGAAAAAUCUGAAAAACGGAUGACCUGUUAAUGAAAUUUGGCUUAGGUACUGUGACUAUCCUCGAGCUGUGACCAGAAUUUCUUGGUCACGAUUUUUCCGCGUAUCUAUAGCAUUAGUUUUUAUGAUCAAAAUAUUGAGUAUUGACACAAAUAUAUGUAAUCUUUUUUCGUUUAUUAUUAUUCCUAUUUUUAAGCAGUUGAAACGAAGUAAGCAAAAGACGAACAUCUUUUUUCCGAAAUAUAAUCAUUAUGAAUUUCUUGGGAUUCUGUCUAUUUGUUGUCCUGUAAUUUUUAGUUACUUAGUUGUCAGAUUUUGACCUCGUUAUAUUUGACAAUAUUAAAAUUUCCAAACUUCUUUGCAUGUUGCACCCUCGUAUACGUAUCGCGAUCUUGUUCUAGCGUUGCCGCGGUCUUUGCAAGACGUAAAAUUGAAUUUUACUUUUUGUAGCAAUUUCAAGAUGAUGCUAAGGCAAGAGAAAAUAAACUAUACUUCAUUUCCUCUUG